CUGGCCCAGGGCUGGUGAGGGGUGUGUUGACAGCAUUGUCAACAGCGGGAGGUGGGUUGCGGGGACACGGCAGGCAGAGCUGGCCGUGGCUUUGGGGCUUUAUUUGUCCCUCCUGCUGAGAGUCAUUCCGCCUCGACGAGCAGUCAUUACUCCGCUGCUGUGGCUCAGCUGAGGGUGGAGGCGCGGUGGGUGAAGACAGGCGAGUCCCGGGGGAAGACUCCAGGAGGGCUCUGGCGAAGAGGGAUUCCCCAGAGCAUUUCAGCCUGCGACCGGGCCGGUCCCCUGUCUUGGCAAGUUCGUGGUCUGAUCCUUUGCGGGGGGAAAAAAAUACUAGACCCAGCUGCUUUCCAUCCUCCCUACAUCUGGGUCAGAAAUAGCCUUUCAGAUAAACUACUUUUCUAGGUAGAGUUCACCUGGGCUGGGGAGAAUGACAGCUUGCAAAACUCCUUGGUCUUUGAAUAAAUCGUAUACGCAAUUUUCUUCAUCCGGUGAAGGCUGCCAUGGAACUGAAGAUCCAGGAAGCCAAUGCAGAUCAUUUAUUCAAACACCCACAUUCACCUCCUACUGGUCCUCUAAAAAGGGAAAUGGAUGGGAAGAGCUUAUAUGUAAAGUUCCCCAACCAGUCAGCAGCAGAACAGGGACCUUAAACUUCCCCUAAACUCUUUGGCUUAUAAAUGAGGGCACUUUUCUCAAAGUUUAAGUAAUUCCAAAUGAGAAAAUGAAAGAAACAAGUCCUAUGACUGCUCUCUUCUUCACCACAGCCCUUCCUGAGCAGGGUGGGGCCCUGAAUAAGGCAUAGAUAUAUUAAAUUCAGCUGCUGGAGGCCCAGAUUUAUCCUAAGCAGCGAAACAGUGUAAGAGGUCAGCCCUUUACAUAUCUGACCACAAAACUUUUUAACUGAAAACUGCAGCCCCAAGUCAGGGUGUGCUGAUUUGAAUUUUUUUCUCCUGUGAAAAGGCAAGAGAGAUGCAUUUCAUCUUCUCAGAUGAGGUAGUGCUUCUCUUUGAUUUCUGGAAAGUCCACAGUCCUACAGGCAUGGCCCUUUCGGUGUUGGUGGUCCUGCUCUUGGCUGUGUUGUUUGAAAGCAUCAAGGUUGGUAAAGUCAGGCUGCUCCACCAGGCCCUGGCAAGCCUGCCCAUCCCCACCAGCCAGCAGCUCAUUGAAGAGACAGACCAGGAUUCUUCAAACUCAGACUCACCCCCAGUCAGCAGAUCCCACCUCAGGUGGUUUUUGUGUCACUUCGGCCAGUCUCUACUCCACGUCACUCAGGUGGUCAUCGGCUACUUCAUGAUGCUGGCGGUCAUGUCCUACAACACCUGGAUUUUCUUCGGCGUGGUCCUGGGCUCAGGUGUAGGCUACUACUUGGCCUACCCACUUCUCAGCAUGACUUAGCUGGUGAGAACCAUGCAGGCACUGAGGGCUGGAGAGAGCGCUGGGACCUCUUCUUCCAGACACUGAACUUCCAGCCCCGCACCUCCUUUUUCUCCUGAUGGCUGUUCCUCACCGCUUUCCCAGCUCCUGGAGACCCACAGCCGAAGCCAGCACUUGCUCCCUGGAGUUCGGAGGCCACUGCAGCUCCUCAGCCAGCCUGCAGAGAGCUCAGACAGUCUUUCUGUGCCUUAAGAAAGCUUCUGUGACCAGAGGGAAGUUGGAGAGGCCAGAACCUAGGGGCAGGUUUGCUGAGCCCAUAAUGACUUCUGACUCAAACUUAAGCAUAUCCAAAAAUCUUCAAGACAGGGAGAUGGUUCUGGGUGAUAAGGGAACGGACCCUGGAUACUCUGCUCUCCUGAUCUGUGCCUUAUCUAGAGGAGCAUCUUCGAGUGAACUGACUUCUGUCCCUAGGGGACAGAGACCACCGGCUCCUUUUUCUUACCUUUCUGCCUUGGGAUGGGUGACGAUUGUGCCUUCUUUGGAUCAUGUUGACAAACUUAAGAUUUCUCAUUUUUCCCAUUGAACUCCUGGUUGGCAAUUUUGCACAAUAAUACAAAAUUUUUACUGAAAUGAUUUUAUUUUAUUCAAUGAUGAUGGCAGCAUCUGCUGGGACCUGCUUCCCUUUCUUGGGGGAGAGAGUAAGUAACAGCAGAUUAAAGGCAGAAAAGGACUGUUAUCAAGGUCAAGGCUCUGACUUAUCCUCUGAAUAGAGUGAGCCCCUCACAUUAGAGGAAGAAGAUAGUUUAAUGGCUUCAGGUGUCUGGGGAGCUCUUCAUGGCCUUGAUCCCAAUGCCCCCUCUAAUACCUGAUCCUUCUUUUAUGCAGAACCAAGAACUGCACUGAAUAAUAUUCAGUACUGCUGUUCUCUAUUUAUUACUUACUGCUCACCCAUAAUGAUCUGGUGGGGAAUCAUGACUCACUCACUUAAAAUACUGAGUAAGCCAAGGAGGGUACUGACUGAAGAUGCAAUAAGCCAUCAAACCAAAGCAUUACAUUUGUAGAGUUAGGUGGGGCUCUCCAGGUAUUUGAACCUCUUCCCUUUAAAGAAAAGGAAAGAACAGACCUAAAGAGAGGCAAAUCACUGCUGUGUACUGUCUACACUUAGGUACCUCAUGGGUUAGAUGAAAGAUGGUCUAAAGCUUUGAGAAUGAAAAAAGAAAUACACUGUAAUAAACAUAUAUUUUUAAACAA